UGCAACACAGCGUUCACGAACCCACGUGGUCAGCUGAACUCUACACUGUACAGUUUAUAUUUUUAUUUCUGAAAAUUGUACAUAGAUACAUGAUAAAAUAAUUGAUGAUUUAGUGAUUGAAAUAAAGGUCUACGUGGUGCUGACACGGGCCAGGAGUCACUAUAAUGGCACUGUUUGUGAUAAAUAGGUAUUUAGUUGAUGAGGAGGACAGUGAAUCCAGCAGGGAGUCUCGCUCCAGAGCUUUACUGGCUAAACUACAGGAGCAGGUCAGAGCCAGAGAACGGCAAAGCAUCUCAAACACACCUGAUGAAGAUAAUAAAGAACAGAAGAAAAGAAAGCCUGAAAAAACAGAGACGGAGGAAGUGCCACGUAAAACGAAGAAGAGUGAAAAUGAGAGAAAAACACAUGCUGCUGAUGAAGUUGCCAGUUCAGCUAAAAAGAAGAAAAAACAAACAAACAAAACGUUGUCCACUGAAAAUGAGAGCACAGGAGAUAAGGAAUCCAUUAAUGAAAAGUCUGUAGAAAUCACAGAAACCAGUGAAAGUGACAGAGAGGAAAAUAAGAAGACUGAAGAAUCCGUGGAGCCUCAGAUCAGUCAGGAAGCAAAGGCAGAAAACGGCUCUUCCCAGUCCGGCUUCCACGUCCUGGGUGGCUUCAAAGGGAAGACAGUUCAAAAGGUCAAAAGAGUAUUGCCUCAGUGGUUGGCGCAGCCUGACGUCAUUCAGAGAGACAUUACGAACAACCUCAUUCCCGUCAGUGAGGUGCCAGGCAUCUGUCCCACACUGCUAAAGAAAUUAGAAAUGAACGGCAUACAGAGCUUCUUUCCAGUUCAGGCUGAGGUCAUCCCUGCCAUUCUAGAGAGUGUGGCCUCUGGGCUGCUGGUUGGUCCGGGCGGCUACAGACCCAGAGACAUCUGUGUUUCUGCACCUACGGGAAGUGGAAAGACACUGGCGUUCGUCAUACCUGUUGUACAGGCGUUGUCCAAGCGUGUGGUGCGUGAGGUUCGUGCACUCGCUGUACUUCCCACCAAGGAGUUAGCACAGCAGGUGUCAAAGGUGUUUAGCACAUACACCGAGGGCACCAAUCUAAAGGUGGUCAUGGUCACAGGCCAAAAAACAUUUGCUGCAGAGCAAACAACGCUCUCUGAAAACAGAGGAGGUGUUAGCCACAGUUUGGCUGAUAUUAUUGUAGCCACACCAGGCCGACUGGUGGAUCACAUCAACAAAAACCCCAACUUCAGUCUACAACACCUACGAUUCCUGAUUAUUGACGAGGCAGACAGGAUGAUUGACAGCAUGCAUCAGUCGUGGCUCAGUCAGGUGACUAAAGCAGUGUACAGAAGCACAGGUGACACACAGACGUCUGUCUUUAGGAGAGUCCUGCCUGGACCAAUCACAGUGGCAAGUUUAUCUCCGCCACAGAUUCCUCUCCAGAAGUUGCUGUUUUCUGCCACUCUCACCCAAAACCCUGAGAAGCUACAGCUGCUGGAUCUGCACCAGCCUCGACUCUUCAGUUCCACACACACCUGUACAGAGACCACCACACAACGCCAGGACACUUUUAACUUCCCUCAGGGUCUCACUGAGUAUUACGUCCCCUGCACCUUAAGCAAGAAACCCCUCAUCAUCCUUCACUUCCUGCUUCGGCUUAAGUUCAGUCCUGCUUUGUGCUUCACAAACUCCAGAGAAGGAGCGCACCGACUGUAUUUGCUCGUCAAGUUGUUCGGCGGUGUGGAGGUGGCUGAGUUUUCCUCCAAACUGAGCCCAGGCGAACGACAAAAAACACUGAAGGACUUUGAGCAAGGGAAGAUCCCACUGUUGAUAAGCACCGAUGCUGCUGCUAGAGGCAUUGAUAUCAACGGUGUGAAAUGUGUCAUUAAUUAUGAUGCUCCUCAAUACAUCCGAACAUACAUUCACAGGGUGGGCAGAACAGCAAGAGCAGGGAAAGCUGGGUCGGCAUUCACUUUCCUUUUAGAAGUGCAGGAGAAGAAUUUCCUGCAGAUGGUGAGAGAUGCUGGUAGUCCUGGCAUACAGAGACACUUCGUGCAACCAGAGGCUUUUAAAAGCAUGGAGGCCCGCUAUGACCAAGCUCUGGCUGAGCUCAGCAAAGUUGUGAAGGAGGAAAAUGCAAAGAAGCGAUUUUGAAAGAAGAAAUUUACCUGAGUUGUACAUCUGUUUGCUUUUGAAUAAUGAUUUCAUGCCAUGUUUCAUAAAAAAGUAUGAAACUGUGUGGACUAUAAUGUAAUAAGUUACAAAUGUUUUUAAUAAAAUG